AUGCGAGUUUUGUUAGUCAUUAUCCCCGUUCUGGCAGUUGUUGCUAUAACAGGUGUUGCUGUUUCACGGAUCACUUACCAGGACCUGUCGCUUAUUCGAAAUGCCUCUGUAAUAGGACUAUCUAUUGCGAUGUUACCAAUGCUGGGAAGGAUAUCUGUUGCUGGAAUAUUUGCUUUCAUAGCAAUGUUUGGUCUCGGGUUUGGCUAUUUUGAAUUUACUACUCUUAUUGAUGAGGGAGAUAAAAUCAGUGUCAAAACUUUUUAUAUUAUCAAUUCGUUUAUCUUGUUUGGAGCGGUUUUUGGAUCUUCUCGAGGUAGACCAGGAUGGGUCUUCGGGCCUUUCGGUGGAAUCGUUGGAGGAUUAGUUGGUAUCAUUCUCGUGAAAAUUGCUCAAAUGAUUCCCUACUUAAACUUUUUGCAAUAA